UGCACACUCUGGUACAACUGUCCAUUAUCGCGACUGUAUGUAAAGUUAUACAUGCACAAAACGUAUAAAAGAAUGGGCGCUUGCGCGACCGUAUCCAUGACGAUCUGGUUCUUACCACGACCUCCAUUCGUUCCCGACAAAUCAUUAUGGCAUUGUCGUGCGGAGAAAGCUCGUCGUAAAAGCUCCGCCGUGGAAACGUCGUGACUCAGAGCCGUUUACGUUGCCGCACGCGACACUUUGCGCCGGCACUUCCGGGUGAACGCGAGGGACGAAAGUUCGGGGGUGCACCAUUCCUCUUCUUCAAGUUCCUACCAAGUGUUCUCGUGCUCGAUCGGUGGCUCGGAUGGUGGCGAGUUACUCCACUCGAUAGGAACGUGGGAAGCGUGAGGAUUUACUCAUCGAUCACUCAGCCACCAAUGCUCAUUAAUCCACACAGUUGUCGUUCGAACGUAGUGCGUAAAAUGUGACAUUUGAAAUUAUUAUACAUUAACUGCAAUUACCUGCAGUGGACUCGUCGGGUAAAUUUCACGAAGCUCCAAACAACGUCGAUGUGGACACUAGUCUUACUCGCUUUCGUUCUCAAGUGCCUGUUAAAGAAGCUACGCCGCAUAGAUCAAACGCGGAUCAACGCGCGGGAAGCGACGCCUCCGUCAUUAGGACGUCGCUUUGUAGGGGAGAAAAUUAAGUCCCAUGGAUAAACGUUGAAUCCGAAGAAACAAACCAGUGCACAUUCGUCGAAGCCACUUCUGAUUACCGGCCUACCAAAAAGUCGAUUGCAAAAGUCAUCGAGUGACAACACGUGGCACGAAGAAACAUUCUUGUCUAAUGUGAAAGUUUUCGUGAAGCUGUACAUUGUAACUCUUCGGAACGUUGUAUGUGUUGACGCGGGGAUGAGUUUGUCUGCCGGAAGCAUGUGAGUAAAUGGCCGUAGAAGGAUCGUGUCAGCCUUUGAACAGCUUACUAUGGGCAUCUGCCUGGACACUGAUCAACAAAAUGGAUCGCAGAUGUUCGAGGAAAACGAUGCUCGAGCUACAGGAAGAUGGCGAGGCGAGGCUGGCCUUUUGGCGACUCCACCGGAUGGACAUUUCCCGAAACAAAAUGUUGGCCCAGUUAAAUUUGAAAUACCCAAAAUUCCCGUUAUAUUCGUACUCGGAGGGCCCGGUAGCGGCAAGGUGACAUAUUGCGACAAUUUGAUACAAGAGAAGAAAGGUAUAACGCAUAUCAACAUGAUGGAUCUUCUUCAGCAGUACGCACUGGGAAAUGAUAUGCAAGAUUUUGGGCAACUUAGUAGCAAAACUGUCACAGAAGUGCUUAUGCUCGAGAUGAAAAUGUCACCGGGAGCCAAGGUCUUUCUUGUAAGCGGAUAUCCGCGAAAUAUGCGCGAUGUGGUGGAGUACGCUGAAAAAAUAAAAAUCGUUAACGGCGUCAUUCUCGUGUCGUGGAGGCAGGAAGUGUUGGAGAGACAGAUUGACUUCGGUGCGCAACUUGGCCACGUUAUUAUCGGAUUAGCUAGAAUGGAAUUGCACAAUUUUUAUAGGAAUGUGAUGCCAGUUGCGGAAUAUUUUGAUCAAAGCGGAAUGUUACUUGAGAUAAAUGGUGAACGCAAUCCGAGUGAGGUCUACGUUAGUUUUCGAGAUGCCGUCCUAAGAAUUCUCGGGAUGUCAAGCGGUGAAAUUCAGGGUAUACCGCAAUCUUUAGAAGCCGAGGUCGAAGUGGAAAGGAGGAAAGAAUCGAUCACGGGUACGCCGUUACCGCAACAAGUUGUAGAAAAUGAUAGGAUACCACCUCCAGUAUUGAUAGAAAACACACCGAAAACCGUUAACAAACCGAGAAAAGGAUUGCCAGCAUUUAUUUGGGUUAUAGGUGGACCAGGAAGUAACAAGGCGGCUCUCUGCACCGAAGCCGUCAGUAAUAUGCCAGGUUGGCAGCAUAUAAGUAUUGGAGAAUUGUUGAGAACGAUGGCAUCGUCUAAUAUGAUUGUGAACGACGCAAUUGUUUCGGGCGAAAUGGUCCCCCAUGAUAUCGUGAUGCAGCUUGUAGAGCAACAGAUUCUUUUGAAUCGAGACUCGGAUGGCAUCGUCAUAGACGGAUAUCCAAGGGACUUGAAUCAAGUACAGGAGUUUCAGACUAAGUAUGGGCAAGAACCACCGCUGGUGCUGCUUGACUGUUCUAAACUACAACUCGGGAGAGGAAGACUGGACGACAGUGUUUCGGCAUUUAGGAAAAGAUUGGAGCUCUUUCGCGAGGUGUCCCUUCCAAUGUUGAAAACGCUGGACAGCGAUAAUCGAUUAACAAUUGUGGACGGUGAUACGGAUGUGCCUAGUGUGCAGCAGGAUUUUGCCGCUGCAUUAUAUCAAUUAAUGCGUCGAGCACGACGCAAAGAAGAAGGAAGUCUACGCGAUUCGAAUUCACCCGCAAUCAAGAGGCACCCAAACGGGAUACAUGCCUCGAAUGAACGUGCCAUACCUAAUGGCAAUGCCAAAUCGACAAUCAACGGUGUAUCUAAUCAUGUUGGAAAGAUAGCCGAUGCAACAAAAAACGGAAUUGUUGCUCAAGGGGUAGGUACCAUCUCUAAUGGUAUGUUAAACAAUAUGAAGCAUAUUCAACAGAACGGUCAUGUUUAUCAAAACGGCAUCGCGAACGGAACGGCGCAUAUGCUGCAGAACGGUGUAGCGCAUUUAGCCAACGGCAUUGUAUCCGGCAACAAUAAAAUAGCACCCGCGAUACACAACUAUUUGCCAAAAGAUCCCAUCAGGAAAAUGUACAACGAGGUCGAAGGUUAUCAGCAGAAUCUUCACAUGUGAACGUAAUGUCAACUGAUCUUUUUUAAUGUUGUUGAACAAUUUCAAUUGUUAACGUUGCGUGAAAGGCUAUACGGAUUAUGUGUUGGAACUUUCAAUUGCAUCGAUAACUUUGAUAAUUAGCUAUCGUAAUGUCUUUCGAUACAUCGUGCCUUAAAAAGAAAGAUACGACUUAAACAGUUAAUCCGUCCACGCAUCCGCUGUAAACGGCCAAAAGUGAAGUCGUAAUUGAAAACAUAUCACGGAUAAUAUUUUUUUUCAUCGAUUUUAAAAUAUUAAGGAUACCUGAAAAAAUUUUUUUAGAUAAAAU